AUUAUAUACGGUGGCGCGCAGGCCGGGGCACCACUCUCCGCUUGCAGCUCGCAGAUAGCCGAUAACCUCACCGACUCUCCCCGACAUGAAAUCCUUCCUGGUAGUACUGUGCGUGGUGGCGUGCGCGGCGGCGGGCGCCGUGCGCGAAAAGCGCGGCUAUCUUUCCGGCCAUGGAGGCAUCGGGGGCUUCGGAGGCGGAAUCGGGGGCUUCGGGGGCGGAAUCGGGGGCUUCGGGGGAGGCUACUCCGCGCCCGCGGCGCAACUCGUCACCGUCAACAAGGUCGUCAACGUGCCCAAGGUGGUGAGCGUACCGCGGGUGGUGACCGUUAACAAGGUGGUGUCCGUGCCGCAAGUGGUAUCCGUCAACAAGCUGGUGGCGUCGCCCAGCUACUCAUCCGGCUACGGCAGCGGCUACGGUGGCAGCUACUCCAGCGGCUACGGCAGCGGAUACUCCAGCGGCUACGGCAGCGGAUACUCCAGCGGAUACGGCAGCGGCUACGGCAGCAGCUACGGCAGCGGCUGGUGGUGAUUACCAAAGCCCUCAGGGUUCAAAUCAGCUCCUCCAACUCGGAGUAACAAAGCAUAUUAUUUAAGAAUUUUGUUAAUAAAU